AUGGCUGUCACUAAGCUGCCACCCUGCUGACCUCGUCUCCUCCCCAAAUUGCUUUAUCCCACCAUUACUCGUGUUCUUUCCAAUUGCCACCGCUCCGCUUCUUUCACUACACUUCGAAGAAAUCGAAGAAGGCAAAAAAGGCCUCUCUUUUCUCUUUCUCUCACCCCUCCCGGCAUGGGGAAAACACUUCCCUUCGCCGGCGCAGGCGCCUCUCUCAGCUUUACGGCGCUCGUAUCCGACGUACUAAACUCGCUCGAAGAAGCCUCCGCCGGAGUACUUGCCCCAGCCCUACCCCUCCUCAACCGCCUCAAGCUUAUACUCGUCGACCUCCGGCAAAGCGAAACCCCGGCGCCCCUCUCGAUGCGGAAGGCGCUCGAUUCCCUCCGUACCGCGCUACAACGAGCCUUUUCCCUUGUGAAGAAGCCCACGGGGUCAUCGGUUUCGACCAUUGGGUUGAUCGAGGAGUCGGUUCAAGACAUUGGGAGAUGCCUCGGCCUCUUGCUACUCGCCUGGACGGAGGCGGAGGAUGAUGUGAAAGAGGCCAUGAGCGCGCUGCAGAGGGAAAUGAUGUCCGUGAAGCUCGAUUCGAGGAGAGGAACCAGUGAGGGGAUUAGCAGCGGCGAGGCGGAUGUUGGGGAGAUCGUGGAGGAUGUUGAGGAUGUGGUGAUGAGGGUUAAGAGAGGGGAGGAGGAGGAGCUUCUAGGUGCGCUUGAGGCGCUUGAGGUUUUGAUUAGGGAGGGAUCAGUGGGGGAAGAAGAAAGUGAGGGUGUGAUUCAAGCUCUGGUGAAUCGAUUGGGCUCCGCUAAAAAUGGUUGUAGAUUGAGAAUAAUUGUGUUGUUGAGAAGGCUUGCCGACACCAAUGAUGAAUACAAGGAGAUGAUGGCGAAUCCGGAGGCUCUAUCUAGUAUUGUGAAGUCUUUGGCAAGGGAUGUAGAUGAGAGCAGGGAAGCAGUUGCACUGCUUUUGCAUUUAGCAGAUCUAGUGAAAGUUAGACAAAGGAUUGGAAGAGUCCAGGGUUGUAUUAUGAUGUUGGUCACCUUGCUUAAUGGAUGUGAUUCUUCUGCUUCUUACGAUGCGGGAAAGUUGUUGGCAGCUUUAUCAAGCAACACACAGAAUGUGCUUCUAAUGGCCGAGGCUGGUUUCUUUGUACCUUUGGUGCAGUACUUGAAGGAAGGUUCAGAUAUGAACAAGAUUCUCAUGGCUACAGCAAUUUCCAGGAUGGAGUUGACUGAUCAAAUGAAAGCCACACUUGGAGAAGAAGGUUCAAUAGAAGCCCUUGUCAAAAUGUUCAACUCAGGUAAAAUGGAAGCAAAGCUUUCUGCCUUAAAUGCCAUAAGGAAUCUCUCUUGUUUGAAAGAGAACAAUGACCGCCUCAUCAAUUCGGGAGUCGUAUCAAAUCUGCUUCAGGUCCUCUUCUCUGUCACAUCUGUCCUUAUGACUCUCCGUGAGCCAGCUUCUGCUAUCCUCGCGAGCUUGGCAAAAUCUGAAAUCAUUCUUCACAAGAAAGAUGCAGCUCAGCAAAUGCUCUCACUUCUUAAUCUAUCCAGCCCAGACAUCCAGCUACACCUUUUACAGGCUCUGAAUAGCAUGGCUGGCCAUUCCGGAGCUAAAAGAAUAAGAGCUAAAAUGAAAGAAAAUGGAGCAUUGCAGCUUCUCAUGCCAUUCCUAUCCAGUUGCAAUGAUGAAAUCAGGAUUGCUGCCUUGAACUUACUGUUCAAUCUCUCUACUUACUUUGCAGAAGAGUUGAGUGGACAGUUAGGAGAGACCUAUCUCAUUCUAAUGGUGGAAAUAAUCUCAAAAGCAACAUCUGAGAUGGAAAAGGCUCCUGCUGUAGGCAUAAUCAGCAACAUACCUGUGAGUGACAAAAAGGCAACGCAGCUUCUCAUGAACGCAAAUCUACUUCCUCUACUGAUCACUUUAACUGGCACAAUCAUUACAGCUCCAUCGAACCCGACGAGGAAAUGGUUACUGGACGGCAUUGCUGCUGUUAUGAUUCGGUUCACGGUUCCUUCAGAUAAGAAACUGCAGAAAAUAUCUGCAUCUCAUGGAAUCAUCCCUUGUCUUGUGAAACUUCUGUCAGCCAAUUCCAUUGUUGCCAGCUCUAGAGCAGCAACUUCCUUGGCUCAACUAUCUCAGAAUACUCUUUCCUUGAGCAAAGCCAAGUCAUCGAGGUGGUUCUGUGUUCCUCCUUCCACAGAAAAACUGUGUGGGGUGCACAAUGGCCUCUGCCUUGUUAAAAGCACAUUUUGCCUGGUAAAAUCUGGUGCUUUAUCUGCUCUUGUGCAAAUACUGGAGGGGAAAGAAAGGGAAGCAGAUGAAGCUGUUCUCAGUGCACUCUCAACUCUAUUGCAGGAUGCAAUCUUUGAGAGUGGCAGUGAUGCUAUAGAGCAGGCUUCAGGAGUGCAGGCUAUCAUAAGAAUUCUGGAAGUUGGGUGCUUGAAAGCUCAGGAGAAAGCAAUUUGGAUGCUGGAGAGAAUUUUUAGGCUUGGAGCUCACAGAAGCAAAUAUGGCGAAGCUGCUCAGCAUCUACUUAUUGAUCUUGCUCAGAAAGGAGAUCCAAUCCUGAAACCCAUGAUUGCUAAGAUAUUAGCACACCUUCAACUGUUGGAGAUGCAGUCGAGCUUUUUUUGAGAGAUUUUCCUUAGGAAUGUGUAAAAUUUGUGCAGAUCAUUAUUUUGUCCAAAGAAUUUGUAUGUGAGAUUAAGGAUUCGUUUGGGACGGCUUUAUUACCGCUUCUUAAAACAUCUUUUUAGAACAAAAAUUAAAUUUUUUGUACUUGAAAGCUGCUUUAAGAAGCAGUAAGAAAGCCGUCUCAAACGAAGCCUAAGAGUAUAGGCUUGUCCAUAAAAAAAUUCUAUUUUUCUGUGAUGAGUGUAAAGAGAAAUUGGCUUCCAGAUACCAUUAGUGUAAUGAAAAAAUUCUACUUGAGU